AUAACCAACCCACUUUUCCCUCCACCAUUCACUCCAAUCCUCACAUUCCUCCCCCAAAACUCUCUCCCACAUUGCGUAAAUUCAAUUCAACCCCCACCACACCAGAUCUCUCUCUUCAUCCACCACUCACCGGAAAAUGGCAUUAUCAGCGCGCGAACAGAACGUCUACAUGGCAAAACUCGCCGAGCAGGCCGAACGCUACGACGAAAUGGUCGAAUUCGUCGAAAAAGUUUCAGAAACCGAAGAGCUCACUGUCGAAGAACGCAACCUCCUGUCUGUUGCGUACAAGAACGUCAUAGGCGCUCGUCGUGCUUCGUGGCGGAUCAUUUCAUCGAUAGAGCAGAAAGAGGAGUCGCGCGGGAAUGAAGAUCAUGUGAAGGUGAUCAAGGAUUAUAGAUCGAAGAUUGAGGUGGAGCUUACGAGGAUUUGUGAUGGGAUUUUGAAACUUCUUGACUCGAGACUUGUUCCUUCGGCUACUACGGGUGAUUCGAAGGUGUUUUAUUUGAAGAUGAAGGGAGAUUAUCAUCGGUACCUUGCGGAGUUUAAGACGGGUGGUGAUCGGAAAGAGGCUGCUGAGAGUACUCUCACUGCGUAUAAGUCCGCUCAGGAUAUUGCAAACACUGAACUUGCCCCCACACACCCGAUUCGCCUCGGUCUGGCUCUCAAUUUCUCUGUCUUUUACUAUGAAAUUUUGAACUCUCCAGACCGCGCUUGCAGCCUUGCAAAACAGGCUUUUGAUGAAGCAAUUGCCGAGCUAGAUACUUUAGGUGAAGAGUCGUACAAAGAUAGCACCUUGAUCAUGCAACUCCUUCGUGACAACCUCACUCUAUGGACCUCUGAUAUGCAGGAGGAUGGAGCUGAUGAAAUUAAGGAAGCAUCUGGUGCAAAGCAAAGUGAGGGGCAACCGCAGCAGCAACAGUGAGACCCCUCAUUCUUAUCUUUGUUUAGGAGAAUUUGGCACCUUAUUUCUCCAUCUUUAUUUCCUCAACUUUUAAAUUUAGUUUCAUGUCAUGUUUAAAUGAUUAGUAACUCUUUACUUUUGGUAACUAAGUUUUUCUAUUCGGUUUUAGUUUCACUCAUGUGCAUCUACGAAUGCGAAUUACCAAACGGAACCAUCAAUUAAUCGCUGGAUAUUGUAUUUUUUUAAA